AUGGUUUUUCGCUUAUGGUUGCUUCUAGUACUAGUUUUGCAACUGGAACAAGUAUCGUGCGAAAACUAUACAUACUCAUUCACUGCUAAGGAAAUUAAGGCUUACAAGCAGGAAGUACGAGAGUUGUUCUAUUUUGGCUUCGACAGUUACUUAGAGCAUGGGUACCCAUUUGAUGAGGUGAAGCCCAUUUCGUGUGUGCCCAAAAAGAGAAACUUUAAGGACCCUAACGAUCGGGUGACCAAUGAUUUAUUGGGCAAUUUUACUAUCACUUUGAUAGAUUCGCUGACUACUAUCGCCGUAUUGCAAGACCGGCCGCGGUUUUUAGAAGCGGUCAAACUCGUUGAAAGAACGUUCCCUGAUGAAGACUUCGAUGUCGAUGCUACCGUACAGGUCUUCGAAACUACCAUACGUGUUAUUGGAUCGCUGCUUUCAUCGCAUCAAUAUGCCACAGAUCUAACAAAGGCAGUGUAUUUAGGGAACGAAUACGACGGCUCGCUAUUACGUCUGGCGCGGAAUAUGGCCGAUAGGCUUUUGCCAGCAUAUUUGACGUAUACUGGGUUACCUGUACCGCGAUUAAACGUUAAACAGAAAUUCAACUUCCCUGAUUUUACAGAUUCCUUACUGGCAGAGAAUAAUGUGGCAGCCAUGGCUUGUCCAGUGUUCGAGUUCACAAUACUGUCUUACCUGACAGGCGAUUCGAAGUAUGAAAAGGUGACCAGGUAUGCAUUUGACAAGACUUGGUCACUCAGAACUCAUUUAGAUUUACUGCCCAUGUCUUUCCAUCCAGAAAAACUGACUCCAUACACUCCCAUGACUGGAGUGGGCGCCUCCAUCGACUCCUUUUUUGAAUACGCCCUAAAGGGUGCCGUGCUAUUUGAUGACUCAGACUUGAUGGACAUUUGGGACGUGGCGUACGAGUCGUUGAGAACUAGUUGUAAAAACGAUUGGUUUUUUGCUAAUAUAAUGGCCGACACGGGUCAGUUGUUUGUUCCCUGGAUAGAUUCUCUAAGUGCAUUUUUCCCCGGUCUGCAAGUACUUGCAGGAGAUUUGGACGAUGCCAUUGCGAAGCAUUUGAUGUUUUUGAAGAUAUGGAAUACCUUUGGAGGUAUACCUGAAAGGUGGAACUUCAGCCCUCCAGAAUCUCUCUCAUCUUCCCCAUCAGAGGACCUGGAAUCGUUUGAUUUGAAUGCCAUUAUACCUUUGGAAUGGUACCCAUUGAGACCCGAAUUUUUCGAAUCCACUUACUACUUAUAUAGGGCUACAAAAGAUCCGUUCUACUUAAAUAUUGGUGUCCAUUUGCUAAGGGAUUUGAAACAGCGAUUCAAAUCGAACUGUGGGUUUGCGGGUUUCCAAAAUAUCAUCACGGGUGAACUCCAAGACAGAAUGGAAACGUUUGUCUUGAGCGAAAGUUUAAAGUACUUAUAUUUAUUAUUUGACGAAGACAACGAACUGCAUAAAAGUGCGAGCGAUGUAAUUUUUAGCACAGAAGCUCAUCCAAUGUGGUUGUCGCAAGAGGUGAGAUCCAACUAUAAGCGGAAGGCUAAAUUUAGCGACCUUACUUAUUCGUCACACUUGGAGGCCUGCUAUGAAAGAGAUAAAGAGCUGGAAGCUAAAGAGAACACAUUAAGGGGAAGGAUCGUGGGCUUUGCCAAAUCAAUCUUCACUCAAGAUGAGCCGGACGAAACGCCUACAGAUGCAAUCCUCAAUCACAAAAUCAAUGAUAAAGUCCCCAGCAUAUGUCCGAUGAAACCGAGUCAUGUAAUGGAUGGCGACUCUUGGUAUUCACCGAUUUUAAGCAAAUUUAGGAGGUUAUUUGAGAUUGACACUCGAUAUGCUGCCACACUGAUUAAACCUGCGCACAUGCAAAACUACAGUGCAAUUGAACUAGAACCUGCAUUUUAUAGCAGGUGGUCCAAUCCCCAGUUUAGUACGUGCCAGAUCAUGGCCACCACUGAAAUAUUUGAACUGAUAUUUGACCUUCCUGGAUUGCAUCAAUUGAACCCCCUAAUCUCAGACAACGAAACCAUCACGUUCGAGACAUUUGGGGGCCGGUCAAGGUUGAAUAUUGAGAGAAUACAGAUCUAUCAAAUUGACCACUACGGAGAGUUAAUCACAGCAUCAACGUUCCGCAACAUAUCCCGCCGGGAUAUCUACUCCCAGCAGUGUGAUACUACAGCAAGCCUGUAUUCCCCAACGUUUCUUUACAGAGUGGUAGCCAUCAACGGACACACGCUGCCUCGCCAUGGAACGGUGCACAUCAAGGAGCAUAAUUUUGUGUCUGCUUCCAAUAACACAAGAAAAAAGGAUGUACUCAUUAUAGGUAGCGUGGGGAUCAAUGACCGUGCACAACUCAUGAUAGAGUGCACGCCCAUUAUCAAUCUCAUUCUUGUAUAA